AUGUUGGGCCUUCGGUAUGCUAUGGGCCUCGGUAGGGCGUUCGAUCUGCAAGAUAACAAACGCUCAGUAAGACCUAGGGCAUCGGUGUGGUACCGGCCGAAAGCUCUUCGAUGUUUAAGUAAGUACGGAUUUAGUAAGAUUGAAUUGCAGAUCAAUAGGCAGUAUGCCAAUUUCGAUGUGGGACUGCGGACUCCAAUUGUGGGACUGCCACGUGUCCCUGGGGGUGAAGUUGCCCUAAUCGUGCGAUCGGUAGGAACGGUACCGAAGCUAGGUGCCGAAGGCUUCCAUAGCUCUAGUUUGGUCCACGUGUCCGAUGCUUAUUGGUUGUUCAUUUUGGUAUAA